AUGACAGACGUUAAGGAAGAUUUAUCCGAACAGCUUUCGAAACUCCACCUACAGGCACCAGAGUUUAUCGAGGGCUCAUACCCGGAGUACAAUGUGGUGGAUCUCUGCAGAAACUACAUUGCCGGCCAGCUUUCAAAGCUUACUGGUGUGGAUAAGAAAAUUGCGUACGACAGUUUGGCAUGGUCCAUUGUUUUGGAAAAAGGUGAUUUGAUCGUUCCACUUCCAAGACUUAGAUUGAAAGGUGAUCUAGUCCAGAUGGCCAAGGAUCUAGCUUCUAAAUUUGAACUCGGUGGUUUCUUGGACCAUGUUGCACCAGUUGGUAAAUUUUUGCAGUUCUUUUUCAGUCCGAAAUUUUUGUUAAAUGUUGUUACACCAGACGUUUUGAAACGUGGUGCCAAGUAUGGUUCUGCUCCUCUGGGUAAGGGAAAAACCGUUUUGGUGGAAUUCUCAUCGCCAAAUAUUGCUAAGCCUUUCCAUGCGGGCCACUUAAGAUCUACUAUUAUUGGUGGUUUCUUGUCAAACCUAUAUGAGCGCCUUGGAUGGAAAGUCAUUAGGAUGAACUAUUUGGGAGAUUGGGGUAAACAGUUUGGUGUUUUGGCUGUUGGAUUCAACAAGUAUGGAUCUGAUGAAGAGCUUGCAAAGAAUCCUAUUCAGCAUCUUUUUGAAGUUUACGUGAAAAUCAAUCAGGACAUUGCCAGCGAAAAGGAGGAAGCAGAGAAAACUGGCAUUCCAUUAGAUGAGAAAGCAUCGACAGAUGGACAAGCACGUGCUUUCUUCAAGAGAAUGGAACAAGGCGAUAAGGAAGCAUUGAAAUUGUGGAAAAAGUUCAGGGAGCUUUCGAUUACCAAGUACAUCGGUACUUACGGACGGUUGAACAUUAAGUACGAUGUUUAUUCAGGAGAGUCACAAGUUUCCCAAAAGACUAUGGAUAUGGUGAUGGAACAAUUGCACGAGAAGAAGUUGAUCCACGAGGAUAAGGGUGCUCUUCUUGUGGACUUCAAAAAGCUCGGAAAAAAGAAGCUAGGAAAAGUUUUGGUGCAAAAGACAGAUGGUACCUCUUUGUACGUGACACGUGACUUGGGUGCCGCUAUCGAGAGAAAGAACAAGUACAACUUUGACAAAAUGAUCUACGUGAUUGCAUCUCAGCAAGAUCUCCACGUGAAACAAUUUUUCACCACAUUAAAAAUGAUGGGAUACAAAUGGGCUGAUGAUCUUAUUCAUGUGAACUUCGGAAUGGUUUUGGGAAUGUCUACCAGAAAGGGAACUGUCGUUUUCUUGGACGACAUCUUGGAGAAUGUUCAGGAGAGGAUGCUUGAGAUUAUGCAGAAGAACAAGGAGAAGUUUGCUCAAGUUGAAGAUCCAAAGGAGGUCGCUGACCAAAUUGGAAUUUCUGCUGUCAUGAUACAGGAUAUGCAGGCUAAGAGAAUCAACAACUAUGAGUUUGGUUGGGACAGAAUGCUUUCAUCAGAGGGUGACACUGGUCCAUAUCUUCAGUACGCACACUCCAGAUUGAGAUCCAUUGAAAGAAACUGCAAUAUUUCUCCAGAAGAUGUGUUGAAGGCCGACAUGUCAUUGGACAACAUUUGCGGAACUGUGGAACAGAUCAAGAAGCAGAACUUAGAUAAGGAAGAAGAGGAAAAGCAAUUGAAGAACCUUGCUCUUCGGAUUGAAAAGGUUACCGCCUUAAUCAGAAUUAUGGCCUCGUACCCAGACACUUUGAGAUAUGCUUCUAAGAACCAUGAGCCUUCUACAAUUGUCACAUACUUGUUUAAGCUCACGCAUCAGUUCUCGUCAACUUACAAAGUUUUAAGAGUUAUGGGUGAACCAAGAGAGAUUCUCUUGGCACGUUUAGCCCUUUUCUCUUCUGUUAGACAGAUACUUAAUAAUGGUAUGCGUGUCUUGGGUAUCACACCAGUCGAGAGAAUGUAA